CCGUCAGCCGGAAGCGCGGAGCCGGAACCACAGCGGCGCACCGCCCACAGCCGCCCGCUCUGGGCAUGCGCGGGAGGGACGCGCAUGCUCUGUAGGGAGGGGCAGCUGACGGGGCAGCGUUAGGAGUUCGCCGCAAUGGUGUACAUAUCUAACGGACAAGUUUUGGAUAACCGAAGCCGGGCUCCUUGGAGCUUGUCAUCCAUAACAGAUUUUUUCUGGUCAAUAGCAGACUUCGUAGUUAUGUUCUUCCAGAGCAUUAUUCAACCAGAUUUGAGAAGAAGAGGCUGCACAUCUUCCUCCUAUUUAGGACAAAGUGAUGGAAGAGGGCCGCCAGGAAAUCCUCGCCGAAUCCCUCGUAGAAUGGGCCGCAUAAAUCACUGGGGCGGAGGCCCUAGUCCACCACCAAUGGCUGGAGGUGGAUGAGGAAGGUAA